AUGACUUCGGCAUUGGAUGACCUGCCCAGUGUGGACUCAUUCUUCGGGUUUGACCUUAAAACAGGCUCUAUGAUCGUUGCUGCUUUAGGCGUUGUCCACCCGAUGGCUCACGGAUGCACAUUCUUCAUGCCCUUGAGCUACCUCCUCGUUACAGUCUGGAUCCUGGUGGCAUUGUUCUUCGCAGCCAGCAUCGUCCUGCUUUGGGGACUAUCCAAUAAUAAUGAAUUCCUAUGCGCCCUAUGGGUGUGGUAUACAGUGGUAUUCGUAGCCGUAAUGCUAAUGAUGAUGAUAAUGCUAGCGCUUGUCUUCACAUCCCGAAGACAAAGGAGUCGGGUCUUCGUCGUCAUACUGGGAAUGCUUUGGUACAUGCUGACAAUCUACUUCAUACUAGUCGUAAACAGUCAUCGUAAGACACUCGUGAAUCAAGACAAUACCGCCCAGCUGAAAGCAAUGCGCAAGGCCAGUGCAAUAUAUAAGUCAUAG